AUGCUGAGCUCCGUGCUGAACGCAUGGGCAAAUCGGCAUGGUUUUAUUCCAGCCAAUGGUAGGUCGUUGUUUUAAAGAGAGAGAGAGCAUACGCAUUUGAGAUCAUCAGCAAAAAUAAAGGAUUGAGCGUUUAGCUGCUGACGAAAUAUCAAUAAUUUUCGGCAAAAACACGGAGGACGUAAUACGGUCAGCUCGAAGGCACCGCUUAAAAUAAACCUCUCACCGGAAAAUGAGGACCCACUAUGACCUUUUGUUCCCGCUUAGAUAAGUAUGACUUAAUAAAGUCGUUAAGGGGACUGCAAAUUUCUGGAGCGUCCAGUUUGACUGCGAGUCGUAUAUUUGAGCAACAGAUCUGAAAGGAUUUGCAUCAUUAACAUUUAAAGACUCCCUACGCUUGUCUCACGCAAAGCUCAUUUUCGAAGACAAUUCAAAUAUUUCUGAGAUUCUUACAUGAACCGACUGUUUUCGCACGUAAUUAUUACUCCCAAAGGCCAAUGCUCACGAAGUGUGUGCUCCCGCGAAUGUGAAAUAAUAUCACCUGGAUUCAGGUCCGCGGCUUGUCAUAUCUGCCUUGUUGUUUUCUGGAGACUUGGGAGAUAUUCUUUCACUCAUUGUCUCCAGAACACGCCAGCGAGGUAGUGUACGUGUUUCUAUCCAACGUGGUACCGUGCCGCCAAUUCGUCCCUGCAAGCCAGCAUUGGACAGUUCCUCAUCAACAAUAAGCCAUUCGGGGUAAGCGAUUCCAAAUCGUUGCUGUCUGAUGUUAGCGGGACAAGCGAUCUGUUAUUUAAUAUGCGUUUAGAUUGGCAAAAUUGAGAUAUCCGGGUUGAUUACUUGAAAAAGGAGAAUAAUAAUAAUAAUAAUAAUAAUAAUAAUAAGAAGAAGAAGAAGAAGAAGAAAAAGAUGAUGAUGAUGAUGAUGAUGAUGAUGAUGAUGAUGAUGAUGAUGAUGAUGAUGAUGAUGAUGAUGAUGAUGAUGAUGAUGAUGAUGAUGAUGAUGAUGAUGAUGAUGAUGAUGAUGAUGAUGAUGAUGAUGAUGAUGAUGAUGAUGAUGAUGAUGAGCUCACCGGAACAGUUAUAUUGAGAUGCUGA